AUGGAACGGUCUCUAUUUGACACUCCGUUUGAUGAGCUACCCAAUCCCAAACAAGUUUGGAUGGGGAAGCCUGGUAGCCAUGAGGAAGGUCUUGGGAAACUAGCUAUCCUCACUCCCGAAGUUGUCGCAAAGGCUGCUGCCAGUGAGAUCAAAUGUGGUCGCCGAGUGACGAUGAACUGGGAGAUGACGAAGCUGGACUAUCCUAAUCUCAAUCGUCAGCCCUGCAAUCACCAGAUUGUGCCUUUGCUGGGAGGAGUGGCAUUUGAUGAUGUUUACAGUUUUAAUCCCCAGCAAAGCAGCCAGUGGGACGGAUUGAGGCACUUUAGCCAGACAGUGCCUGGUCAAACCGACCGCGUUUUCUAUGGAGGUACAACUGUUGAGGAGAUAAAUGACCGUCAGAACGAUCGCAUCGGCCUUCAACAUUGGGCAAAGGAGGGAAUUGCAGGUCGCGGAGUGCUGAUUGACUAUUUGUCCUGGUCUGAAAAGAAAGGAAUCAAGUAUAGCACGUUCUCGACGCAUCAGGUCCGCCUCCAGGAUAUCAUCGAGAUUGCAAAGGAGAACAAUAUCACUUUCCAGAAAGGCGAUAUCCUUUUCGUCCGAAUUGGUGUUACUAAGGAAUGGGAUACCAUCAUGACGGAGGCUCAAAAGAGAGAAUAUUCCGACAACCCCCGACCCGAGCACGCAGGAGUUGAAGCUACCACGGAUGUCCUCCGCUGGCUCUGGGAUACCGGUUUUUCGGCAAUUGCAAGUGAUGCUAUCAGCUGGGAGGUUUACCCCCCUCAAUCCCCUGACAUAUUCCUUCAUGAAUAUGUCCUGGCUGGCUGGGGAUGCCCAAUCGGGGAACUCUUCGAUCUAGAAGCAUUGGCGCAAACCUGCCAAGAGCUCCGGCGAUGGACGUUCUUUGUGACCUCAGUGCCGUUGAAUAUGCCAGGGGGAGUUUCAUCUCCUCCAAACUGUUUGGCAAUUUUCUAG